AUGCAAUUUUCUAAAUCUUCAAUCUUGGCAACUUUGACUGCCACAACUGUCUUAGCAGCCCCAGCUGUCGUCACCGUCACAGAACAUGCCCAUGCUGGUGCAACCGUCACUGGUGUCGUUUAUGCUACUGACGGUGAAACCAAGACCGCUUACAACGCUCCCUUGACCACUGCAAUUGACUCGUCUUUGGUCGAAAGUGGUAACCAAGGCUCUCCAGCUCCAGUUGCAGCUUCUUCUGUUGUUGAUGCCCCAGUUUUGUCUGAUGAUGACAGGUCCAAAUUCCAGGCCUUCGUAUCUGCUAUACAAAACAUGAUGCACAAGCAGGAUGGUGAUGCUACUACUACCCAAGCCGAAGCAACUGUUGCCACUCAAGCAACAACUGCUCCUGCUACAACUGAAGCAACAAACCCAACCACUACCUUGGCGCCAACCACCACUGCAGAGGCACCAAAGGCCACUGCUACCUCUCAGAACUCGGAUUUGUCCGAUUUUGCGUCUUCCAUCUUAGCCGAACACAACAAUAAGAGGGCUCUGCACAAGGACACGGGUUCCUUGUCUUGGUCUUCAGAAUUGGCCAGCUACGCUCAAAACUACGCUGACGGUUACGACUGUUCCGGGAACCUGCAACACUCAGGUGGUCCAUACGGUGAAAACUUGGCGCUAGGUUACAACAGUGGUUCCGCUGCCGUUGACGCUUGGUACGGUGAGAUCUCCGGUUACGACUGGAGCAACCCUGGCUUCUCCGGGAACACUGGCCAUUUCACCCAAGUCGUGUGGAAGUCUACGAACGAGGUUGGCUGUGGUGUCAAGCAAUGUGGUAACUCCUGGGGAAACUACGUCAUUUGCUCUUACAAGAGUGCCGGUAACAUGGGCGGUGAAUACGAUAGCAACGUGAUGCCACUGUUGUAA